GAUUUGACUAAACGGUAACUGUGAAGGGACUCCCAAGUGAUUUUUUCGCCACUGAGAGUCACAAUCGGGCCCCUCAGUCUUUACUGGAGCGCUAUCCAAAACCCCAAACAAAACCUGCACUUGCUCGUUCCUUCUCACUCAGAUCGAAAUUCUUUCAUUUUUAAGUUUCCGGGUCAAACUGGAAGGUGGGCCCGGGCAGAACUGAUUCCCCAACCAUCGUCAACGUCAUCCAGGAGGAGGAGGAGGAGGUAGACGACGACCACAACAACCAACAAAAAAAAUACAAACCGCAACCUGCAGCACAAACCACCCCCUUCAACAUCCACAAACCCUAAUUCCUCUCUCAAAACGGAUUUAUAUGCAUAUAUUUAUUGUUUGAAAAAUGUCUACAGAUGACGCGACUGAAAAAGCGAGGGAGAAUGGGAACGGCGUCGAAUUGCCGUCAACGCAAAGGCUGAUACCGUUCGAGAACAAGGAGCACAACCCGGAGAGCUACGAGGACAUGCAAUUGGAUUACAGUCCUCUCCUCUUUAGCUCUCUAGAGCGGUACUUGCCACCUAACAUGCUCAAUUUGCCGCGUGAUCGUAAAGUCCACUUCCUGAGUGACAUUCUGACUCGCUACUCUCCUCAGGGUGAACACACUCGCGUUCAAAAGCAUCGAAAGUACAGACAGCAGAUUCUAUCAAACUAUGAGCCUAGACAUAAGGAGCUGUAUACUAUGAAUGCUGCGAAUUUCUUUGUUCCGUCAUUUCUCAAAGCAAUCAGUGAGAACUCAGAAGAGAGUUUCAAACGCAUAAUGGUGGAGCCUACACCAGGAGUUUAUACAUUUGAAAUAUUUCAGCCAAAGUUCUGUGAAAUGUUGAUGGCUGAGGUAGAAAGCAUGGAAAGAUGGGUGCAUGAUCAAAGGUUCCAUAUAAUUUGUCCGAACACUAUGAACAAAUAUGGUGUUGUUCUUGAUGACUUUGGACUGGAAACCAUGCUUAACAAGUUGAUGGAUGGCUAUAUAUGUCCCAUGUCUAGAGUUCUCUUUCCUGAGGUGGGUGGAUUAACUCUGGAUUCUCACCAUGGUUUUGUUGUUGAAUACGGAGUGAAUAGGGAUAUUGAGCUUGGUUUCCAUGUUGAUGAUUCUGAAAUUACCUUGAAUGUUUGCUUGGGUGAGCAAUUUUAUGGUGGAGAUUUGUUCUUUCGUGGUGUUCGAUGCGAUAAACAUGUGAAUACAGAAACCCAAUCAGAGGAGGUUUUUGAUUAUGCCCACAUUCCGGGACGAGCAGUUCUUCAUCGAGGUCGCCAUCGGCAUGGUGCAAGAGCGACUAUUUCUGGGCACCGGGUCAACUUAGUUAUAUGGUGCAGAAGUUCAGUUUUUCGAGAGCUGAAGAAACAUCAAAAUGAUUUUUCCAGCUGGUGUGGAGAUUGCCGACGUGAGAAAAAAGAAAGACAACAUCUGUCAGUUGCUGCUACCAAACUGGAAUUGCUGAAGAGGGAUGGUAUAUCUGCAUCUUGAGUCAUUAAUUUCUCUCAAGUUUUGCUUGUGAAGCUGUUGCUGGCUUCUUUUCAUCCCAGUGUUUUUCCAUGGCCACUAGGGAAGAAUAAUUCGAACUUUGAUCUCGUAGUAGUGGUCCAUGAAGGGUACGGCAGGUUUGGUGUCUUGGCCAUGGAAAAAUACGGAUGAAGACACUUGGACGGCCACCAGUUGUAUUUGGCCUUUUUCUGUUACUAAAAAGGUGUCCAUUGGUGUACAGAGAAUAAUAUUCCAGGACUUCUUCCGGAUAAACUGAGUUUAAUUUUGGGCGAGCGAGCUUGCACCGAUUCAUCCAUGUCUUUUACGAGAAACCUUGUACUGUUCUGACUGACUGAACCCUUGUGAAAUAUGAUGAAUUUUCAGGUUUCUGUGUAAAAAGAAAAUCAAUCCGUGCAUGUGAUAUGUGUACGUAGAUGCCUUAUCGUAUUUGUACUAUUUUCACUGUAUAGACUAGUGUAUUUUUUUUAUGAGUAAAUUAUGGUUUCAAGAAGCUA